AUGAAGAUGCACUUCUGUAUCCCGGUAUCCCAGCAGCAGCUGGACCCGCUGGGGGGCCGCUACGUGCUGUACUCCGUGUACCUGGACGGCUACCUCUUCUGCAGGGUGCGCUACAGCCGACUGCAUCGUUGGAACGAACAGCUGAGGCGGGUCUUUGGAAAUUGCCUGCCACCUUUUCCACCAAAGUAUUAUCUUGCAAUGACCACAUCCAUGGCUGAUGAGAGGAGGGGCCAGUUGGAACAAUAUUUGCAGAAUGUAACCAUGGACCCAGACAUGUUGAGAAGUGAUGUCUUCAUUGACUUUCUAAAACUCGUACAGCUGGACACAUUUAACAUCACGACCAAGACAGCCUCUCUGGAUAUAUUUCUGCCAGAUGGAAGGAAUAUUCCAGUCGAAAUUCUAACAUCAGAUACUGCUGAAAGAGUCCUAGAGGUGGUGUCGCACAGAACGGGACUGUGUCAGGAGCUCUUGGGCUACUUCGGCCUCUUUCUCAUUCGGUUUUGCAAAGAGGGCAAACUCUCUGUCAUGAAAAAAUUGGUGGACUUUGAACUCCCUUAUGUGAGUCUUCGAAGCGCUGAAGUGGAAAACUGCAAGGUCGGACUCAGGAAGUGGUACAUGGACCCAACCCUGGACUCCGUGCUGAUGGACUGCCCAGCAGCGGUAGAUUUGAUCUAUAUGCAGGCAGUUCAGGACUUUGAAAAAGAAUGGGCCAAACCGACACAGGCACAGAGGCAGAAAUUAGAGGCUCUCCAGAAAGAACACAACCAAACCAAGUUUCUGGAGCUGUCCCAAGAGGUGCGGCACUAUGGGUACUUGCAGCUGGAUCCGUGUACCUGUGACUACCCGGAACCAGGCUGUGGGGCCAUCCUCUCUGUUGGCAAUAAUGAGAUCAGCUGCUGCAUAACCCUGCCUGACAACCAGACCCAGGAAAUCAUUUUCCAGAUGAACAGAGUGAAGUGCUGGCAGGUCACUUUCCUUGGAACUCUGCUGGAUAUGGAUGGACCCCAGCGAACUCUCAACCAGAACUUAGAGCUGAGAUUUCAGUUUAGUGAAGAGAGUGGCUGGCAGUGGUUUGUUAUUUACACCAAGCAGGCCUUUUUGUUGAGUAGCUGCUUGAAAAAGAUGAUCUCAGAAAAGAUGCUAAAGCUAGCUGCAGAGAAUCCAGAAAUGCAGAUUGAAGUUCCAGAACAAGGCAAAAGUAAAAAAUACCACAUUCAACAAAGCCAGCAAAAAGACUCUUCUCGUUUUCUACCAAGAAAAAGCAAGAUUGAGAUGGCCAAAGUUGACUGUGUUUUGGGGACCAUAAAGGAAGAAGACCUUUGA